UUGAAAUUUAUUUGUUUGGUGUAUCGUUGAAUUUGGGAAGAAGUGAGUGUGUGUGUGUGUUUCGUACUUUCCUUUUAACAAUGGAGUGUGAAGGAAAAUUUUAUUUUACAUCAGAACAACUUGCAGAUACACCAAGCACAAAAGAUGGGAUCUCGAUUGAUGAUGAAAUAAAUUGUCAUAAAAAAUCUGCAAUAUUUAUACAAUCUUUAGGAGAGAAAUUAAAAAUUCCACAAUUGUGUAUUAAUACUGCUAUUGUAUAUGUGAAAAGAUUUUUCAUGUAUCAUUCAUUGAAGAAAUUUCUUAAGUACAGAAUUUCGCUUGCUGCUUUAUUUUUAGCGUGCAAAACUGAAGAUGUUUAUGUAAAAUCAGAAUAUUUUAUUUAUCUUUAUUUCAAAUUUGUUUCUCCAAAUGAUAUAAAAGUUAAUUCAGAAGAAUUCAAUGACGAACUUGCGAAUUUUAAAUUUAAUGAAAUCUUAAUUAUGAUGACAUUGGGAUUUGAAACAAUUGUUGAACAUCCUCAUCUUCAUAUUGUAAAACACGCUCCUUUUAUUCAGGUGAGAAAAGAUGUCUUAAAAUUAGCCUACUUCACGGCUUCGAAAUGUUUGCAUCUGACGUCAUUGUGUUUACAGUACACACCAAAAAUUGUUGCCUGCUUCUCGAUUCAUUUGGCUGCUUUGAAAUUUCAAGUGAAGAUUCCAAAUACUGAAGAAAAUCAACCAUGGUUUUCACGUAUCGAGAAAAGUGUGACUUAUGAAUUUUUGGAUAAUUUAACGAAACAAUAUUUUAAUUUAUUUGACAAACAUCAACCAUGGUUCAGUAUUGCUAAAAAAAUGAUUAAUAGAAAAACAAUAAUCACCCAAUCACCGCAAUUGAAUCUUAAUCUAAGUAUAGGAAUUUCAACGAAACGAUUAGAUAUUUCUGAUAAUAUACAAUCUCCACUAUUCAAGAUAAAUCAAUCAAAUUCUGAUAUUAAUGAAAAUUUGCAUUUAUCACAUGCGAAGAAUGAUAAUUUAUCAUUUUCACAAAAUAUUGAUAAUCAAGAUAAUCGAAUAUCAUCAACAUUUAAAACACUUCAAUUGAAAUCAAAUGAUUUAUCUUAUUUUUCACCACCAAAUCGAGAAAUUCUCCAAUCAUUGUUUAAUCGAAAUUGUUUAAUGUCAAAUGAAAAAGAAAUUUUACAACAAUCUGAUAGUCGAGAAAAUUUAUUUUUAUUUUCAAAUAUUCAUCAUUCAAAUUUUGUUAAUCAAGAAAAUUCAUCUUAUUUUCAAAAUAAUCAUUCGACACCGAAAAUUUCAGAAUCAUUAAUUCCUUCGAUUAAUCAAUUAACGCCAAUUAUAAAAAAAAAUGAAUUAUCAUUUCAAAAGGAGAAUUAUCCAAGGAGUAAUUUCCUGAAAAGUUUGGAAUCAUCGAAUGUUGAUCAUUUGACGUCCAAUAAUAGUCAAGAAGCAUUUGAUUUAUCUCUUUUUCAAAAUUAUACAAGCGAAAAUUAUUUCUCCAAUCAAUCAAAAUCAUUUAAUUAUGAUAUUUGGCAACCAUUUCUUUCUAAUAUUAAUCAAUCAGUGAAAAUUGAUUCUUGUUUGCCAACAAAUGAAAGAUGUCAGGAAAUAUCAUUAAAACGUCAAUCUAAUGAUUUAAAUGAUUCGAUUAUAAAUAAACGUCGAUGUUUAUCUGGUAUUAAUAAUAGUGUACCACAAUAUAAAUUUAAUUUUCUUUAAUCGCGUUAAAAAAAUAAUUAUCUAAAAAUUAAUGCUUCUUCCAAAUAAUAAACUGUGAUAUUUAUUUUUCAAAUUAUGUAUUAAAAAAUUUGUUCUUACUAGAUAUUCAAACGACGAAUUAUUUCAUAUUUUUGUUAAAAAAAUUUAUUUUUUCUUUAUAUAAACCUUAGAUUUAAAUUGAGAACAUGAUUUCAAAAAGGAAAGUUUGAAAAGAAGUGUAAAAAAUUGUAUUAAACAAAUAGUUUUGUAAUUUAAAAAAAAAAUUAUUUUUAUUGGAAUAAAAAUUUUCGUACCCAAAC